AUGCAAAGACCUUUGGUUGGAACAACGUCCGACAUCAUGAAGGCACACUUGAUUGCACCAUUUGAUCCUACCAAGAAGAAGAAGAAGAAGAAAAUUACAAUUGUGGAUCCUGCUGAUGACCCAGUCGAAAAAUUGGCUGAGAAGACAGAAAACCUCUCAGUUGCUGAUGGAGUUGAGACUGCAUUUACUGGUUUGAAAAAGAAGAAGAAGAAGCCUGUUGAAAUCAGUAACUUGAAUGAUGAGAGUGGAGAUGCCAUUGAAGAUUUGGAUGAUCACGCUGAAGAUGAUGAAGGAGAAACAGUUGCUCCCCAGGCUCGUUAUCCUUGGGAAGGGAGUGAUCGUGAUUAUGAAUACGAGGAGCUUCUUGGCAGGGUGUUUAACAUUCUACGUGAGAAUAAUCCUGAACUUGCUGGAGAUCGGCGGAGGACAGUUAUGAGGCCUCCUCAAGUUCUUCGUGAGGGCACAAAGAAAACUGUGUUCGUGAAUUUUAUGGAUCUGUGCAAAACAAUGCAUCGGCAGCCAGACCAUGUCAUGGCUUUCUUGCUUGCUGAGCUGGGUACAAGUGGCUCCCUUGAUGGUCAGCAGAGAUUGGUUGUGAAGGGAAGAUUUGCACCAAAGAACUUUGAAGGAAUUCUGCGACGAUAUGUCAAUGAAUAUGUCAUUUGCCUUGGAUGUAAGAGUCCGGACACUAUACUUACCAAGGAAAAUCGUCUCUUCUUCCUCCGGUGUGAGAAGGUAAAUUUUCUAUACACUUUUGCUUGUUUCUCUUCUUCCUUCCUCUUUUAGUUUUCAUGCCAAGUGUCUC